GGUGAGGAGUGGGACUUUUGUCAUAAACCUGACACCACAAUGGAUGACUAUCCGAUGUAUGGGUUGCUUGUUGGGUUCUCCCUCCGGGGGACCCUCUGGUGUCUCCUCUUUCCUCUGGGCUUCUGACCCACUUUCAUGUGUAGAGUAGGAACCCGAGGUGGCACUUCCACCCAACCUUACACGAAGGAGGAGGAGGAGAAGAUGGCCGCCAUCCUGCAGCCUGAGGAGAGAAAGGAGAAGAAGGAGGCCAAGAAGAAGGCCUUGAUGGAGGCGCAGGCGGCCAAGUUGAAAAGGAUUGAGGAAGAGAUGGCCAGGGAGAAAGAGAGAAUAAAGAAAAAAGAAGAGGAGAAGUUGAAAGAACUGGAGGAGGAAGAGGAGGAAGAUGACCAGCCACUGCAAAGGAAGAAAGGGCAGUACAGUAAUAACAAAGGUGAAGAGUUGGAGAAACGGAUUUCAGAAUGGGUCGCCAACUUAUCCCUGGGGGAAGAAGAAGAAGUAACUAUGUAUAUCCCCAAGGAGGACCAGGAAGCCGCUAUGAAAAAAUGGGAAGCAGAAGGAGAUGUUUUGAAGCGGCAGGCGAUGGAAGAUGAARCKAGGAUGGAGUGGAAACUYGCAAUGAUGAGGGAGAAGAAGAGAAGAGUAGACGCGGCGAGUGAAGCGGUCAAGGAACUGGAGGAGGUGCAACAACUCAUGUUAAGAUUGACCCUUCAGGUAGACCUCGAGCAAAAGGUACAACUCAUUGCUCAGAGUGUUGAGCGCUUAGCCCGAGUGCAAGAACGACAGUACGAUUUUAGUCGAAGUCAGGACAUGGCAGUGCGCUCAAUGCGAAUGGGGUUUCGAGACUUUGCUCGCGAAUUUGUAGGCGCGAUAGUAGCCGAGGUGAACCAUCGCCUCGAGAAGACUGAACGUUUCUGCGCUGGCGCCAUUGAGGGCGUCAAGGCGGCAACUCCCAAGGAGGAGCAGCCACGUCCGUGUAGGGAGCUAGUCAAGGUCAAAUUCCCUGAUUCCUACAGUGGGAAAAGGGAAGAGAAUUUUGACAACUAGGAGGCCAACGUCAAGACCUACGUGCAUCUGCAACAGGUCUCCCCAGAUCAGCAAGUUCUAAUUGCGAUCCACGUA